AUGAUGAAGCAGCUCGACCCAUCCCAAGUCCAGCGCCUUCCGGACAAACUCCUCAGCCAAAUCAUCCACAAUCUCCAAUCUUUCCCCAACGAGACGGUGGAUUUCCGACAGCCCCAUCUCCGCCAAUCCCUAGCCGAGGUUUUCCCCCUCUUUCUGGUCCUUUAUGGCUUGCUGGUGAUCCUAGGCACGUCCGGAAACGUGGCCAUGAUUUUACACAUCCUGAGGGGACGUGUGUAUAAGGACCCCACCUACGCCUACGUCAUGAACAUCGGCGUGUGUAAUGUGGUCAUGAGCGUGGUUCUCCUGCCCGUCUCGUUGGCGAUUCUCCUCAUUCAGAACUGGAUCUUCGGGAGUUUCCUGUGCUACUUCGUGCCCAUGUUGCAGACUGUUUUUACUGUGGGGGGCUUAGGAGACGGAGACUGGGACUCAGUGCUGGGAAUCACCCUUGCCUUGGGUCUCAGCCCUCGAAUUAACUCAUUUUUCACGGUCUCUUUCCCUUCUCCGGGGACCCUGAGGAGUGGACAAUAUCUCUUCCCAGCAUAUUCCAGGCUUACCAUGGCCAGUAGUGACGACAUUGUGCCAUUAAUAGGGGUAUUAUGGCUUACCCCUUUAUCAAAUUAUCCCGGUUCCCCGAUCCCAGGCUCUCCUUUGACCACGACACCCUCCUCAGUGCCAACUAUCACAUCAGCCCAGUCUAAAUCCUCCACUGAGGCCAAUACUCGAGUCACUACUUCCAGGCACAUAUAUUUUGCCUUGUAA